AAUGAAGGUUAUGGUCAUGUUGUGACUGGUGACAGUGACAUUCAAAACAAAUAAACAAUAAUAAAAAAUGUCAUGAUAACAACAAGUGUAUAAAUGUAUUGUUAAAUUAUUAACAAUUAACUUUUGUUAUUUAAAAAUUUAUAGAAUGUCAAAUUCAACUUGUUUACCUCAAAAUAAUUGACAUAAUUUCGUAGCUCAAAAAUAGACAAAUCAAAAAUACAUAAAUAAAUAAAUCAACAUGGAAAUUAGAUGGAAAAAAUUACAAUUAAAUGGACUUUUAAUUUGUAUUUUUAUAACUUUUAUAUUUACUUUUUUGAUGGGUAGUAUAUUAAUUAAUUCAGAUAGCUGUAAAUGUCCAGUAACAACAAAUCAAUCAAAAAAAGAAGAUAAAUUAAUGACAAAAAUAGGAAGAAGAAAUGAUAAUACUAAAAAACUUGCAAUUCUUGUGCCAUUUAGAGAUAGAUUUGAAGAAUUAUUAUCAUUUGUACCACAUAUGAAAGAAUUUUUGGAUAAACAAAAUAUUGAUUACCACAUAUUUGUUCUAAAUCAGAUUGAUAGAUAUCGUUUUAACAGAGCUUCAUUAAUAAACGUUGGUUUUAUUUAUACAAAAAAAAAUUUUGAUUAUAUUGCUAUGCAUGAUGUGGAUUUAUUGCCAAUAAAUGACAAUUUGUCAUACAAAUAUCCACUAGAUGGUCCAUUUCAUGUAUCUGCUCCAGAACUUCAUCCACGUUAUCAUUACAAAACAUUUAUUGGUGGUAUAUUAUUGAUAAAUAAACAACACUAUAGUCAAGUUAAUGGAAUGUCUAAUAAAUAUUGGGGCUGGGGUUUAGAGGAUGAUGAAUUUUAUGUAAGAUUAAAAGAAAAAAAUAUAAUUGUUUAUAGACCACAAAAUAUUACAACAGGAACACAAAAUACAUUUAGACAUAUUCAUGAAAAAAAUCAUAGAAAAAGAGACAUGGUCAAAUGUUUUAAUCAAAAAGAAGCUACAAGAAAAAGAGAUCAUCAAACUGGUCUUGAUAAUAUUUCUUAUAAAAUAACAAAAAUUGUAAAUAUUACAAUUGUAGAUAUACCAUUGACAAUAUUAAAUAUUGCAUUGACAUGUGAUAAAUCAUUUACACCAUGGUGUGAGUGCAAUAAACCCGCAGAAAUUACAAAA